AUGGCGGCGGCCCCGCUGUACUGUGUCUGCCGGCAGCCCUACGAUGUGAGCCGGUUUAUGAUCGAGUGCGACAUCUGUAAAGACUGGUUUCACGGCAGCUGUGUGCAGGUAGAAGAGCAUCAUGCUGUGGAUAUCGAUGUUUACCACUGUCCCAACUGUGAUGUCGUACACGGACCCUCCCUGAUGAAAAAGCGCAACAACUGCCACAGGCAUGACUACACAGAGCUGGACGAUGGAUCGAAGCCGGUGCAAGCCGGCACCUCAGUGUUUGUCAAGGAGCUGCAGAACAGGACCUUCGCCAGUGGUGAGGAGAUCCUGAUGCAGAUGAAGGGCGAGCAGGUGACAACAAGGUACCUGGAGAGACACGGCUUCAGCUACCCCAUCGUGGUCACAGAGAUGGAGGGCCUGGGACUCAAACUACCAGCUCCUACCUUCUCCGUCAGAGACGUGGAGCAGUAUGUUGGUGGCGACAAAGUCAUCGAUGUGAUAGAUGUGGCGCGGCAGGCAGACAGCAAGAUGAAGCUCAGCGAGUUUAUCAAGUAUUUCACCAACCUGCAUCGACCCAAGGUCCUCAACCUCAUCAGCCUGGAGUUCUCUGACACCAAGAUGUCGGAGCUGGUGGAGGUUCCUGACGUGGCUCAGAAGAUGUCCUGGGUAGAGAACUACUGGCCAGAUGACUCCUUCUUCCCCAAGCCCUUUGUCCAGAAGUACUGCCUUAUGGGGGUCAAGGACAGCUACACAGAUUUCCACAUAGACUUCGGAGGCACCUCCGUCUGGUACCAUGUUCUCUGGGGUGAGAAGAUCUUCUACUUGAUCAAGCCCACUCCCGCCAACCUUGCACUAUAUGAGGCAUGGAGCUCCUCGCCCAAUCAGAGUGAAGUGUUCUUUGGGGACAAAGUGGACAAGUGCUACAAGUGUGUGGUGCCCCAAGGAACCACCCUGCUCAUCCCUACAGGCUGGAUCCACGCUGUUCUCACCUCUCAGGAUUGCAUGGCGUUUGGAGGGAACUUCCUUCACAACCUCAAUAUUGGCAUGCAGCUCAGGUGUUAUGAAAUGGAGCGUCGUCUGAAAACCCCAGACCUCUUUAAGUUUCCGUACUUCGAGGCCAUCUGUUGGUAUGUGGCCAAAAACCUCUUGGAGACACUAAAAGAGCUACGAGAGGACAACUGUCCGCCACCAACCUACCUAGUGGAGGGAGUCAAGGCUUUAAUCAGUGCACUGAGGACCUGGUUGAAAAGAGAGGUGACUGAGCCCACCAGUGAGGUACCAGACCAUAUCAGGCCCAACCAUCUAAUUAAAGAGCUGACCAAGGAAAUCCGCUACCUGGAGGAGGAACCAGUCAGUGGUAGCAAGCCAGUGAAAUCUCAGGGAAGUGGGUGUGGAGUAGCAUCUGGAAUGAACGGCUGCCCGGCCACUCGCGCCACACUGGAGAGGCUGUGUCAGGCCCGGCAGGCGAGGAGGGCCGCCAGGCGGCUGAGGGAGCAGCAGCGGCACGGUCCCAAACUGCCCACCAACCUAGACAUCCUGGAGCAGCACACCAGGGAGGUGCUGCGGAGGCUGGAGGUGGGACCGCUCGAGGAGGAUGCGGCGUUCUGUGCCAAGGUUCGCGGGAAGCUCAACAAAGUGUCUACUGCAUCAGCAGCUGCUGCGGCAGAGUCUUUGGAGGACAACCACCUGCGGCUGAUGCUGGUCAACGGCAGAAUUAUCAGAGAUAUGAGGCGACCAGGCAGCAGCCCGGUGAAGACGGAGGGUGAACGGUCAUCUGUCGGCCCACCAAAGAGUCGUGUGGACGUGAAGUCGGAGAGGACACAGGACAGUCGAGAGCAGCACAGAACAGUCGAGAAACCCACACACCUCACUGACGGCGUGUUCCUGUGUUUCUCAGGCGGUCUGGAGAGGGUGAAGACUGAACUCAGGGAAGAAGUCUCAGGACACUCCAGUGUGUCAGACGUGGAUUCAGACAGUGACUCUCCCACAGAGCGCAAAGCGUCGUCGUCGUCGUCUUCUGACGAGGAUUCAGAGAGUUCCCAGGAGGAAGAGGAGAGGGGCUCGUCUCAGCAGAAAGGCUCAGGGCACACCAUAGACCAACUCAGGCACAAACACAAACCACUCAAACGAGAACGUCCUACCUCACCCAGCACAGAAGAGGCCAUUCAGGGGAUGCUGUCCAUGGCUGGUCUGCUGUGCUCCUCCAAGACGGAGAAGGUGGCCUCAUCCCGGGAGUCCUGGUGGUCGGGCUCCGGCCAGUGCUCGCCGCUUGAGCGGAGGGAGGAGGCGCAGCACCAGCACAGACUGCAGGGGGACAAGAGUCCGAUGGACAGCCAGGGCAACAGCAGCGAGGCCUGGGACAAUCAGGGGCUGCCCAGCCCAGACUACCAGUACUGUGACCCCUCAAUGUCUCCACCGCUGCACCCCUCAAAGAGGCACGCCCCCAACCCCCCGCCCAUCAGCAAUCAGGCCACGAAAGGCAAGCGGCCCAAAAAAGGAAUGGCCACAGCCAAGCAGAGACUGGGUAAGAUCCUGAAACUCAACAGACACAAUCGCGUCUUUGUGUAACACUCCAAAUCUUCAAAAGCAAAAUGACACGUGGGGGCGUAUUCUUGAAGAAGAAGAAAAAAAAGAACCAUUGGUGUAUUUGUUACCAGACACUUUUGUGCUGUAAAAAUAGAGAGAAGAAGAAGAAAAAAAAAAAAAACGAACACACUGCCUGGAGACUACCGAAACGUAUCGAAUCUUGACACGUAAAACACGCUCACUGUGCAUGCUUAGGAGACAGGGUAUCGGAUUUGAAAUAAGCAAGUGCACGGCUUCACCACAAGCACACUAAGAACAAAAACAGAAAGGAGCUACGGGAAGCGGAGAGGGACAAGCAUGUUAUGAAUUUUUCUGCUGCAGGGAAAGGUGGACUGAAGCUCCUGCGGGCAUUCGAAAGGACAAAUGAGAUGUAGGUCUACCAAACAAACAGAAAACGCUCGCUUUGCCGGGGAGCCAGUUCUGAUGCCAAGAUCAUCUGCAUCACAUUUUUAGUAUUUCCUCUCUCUGCUGAACGCACCCUCCACUCCGCACAAGCUUCACUCGCUUCACGGCUGUCUGAGACGAACUGAACAGGACGGAGGAGCAGAUGAAACGGAGCUGUAUAUCUCUUGCAGGGUCUUUUUUUUUUUUUUUUUUUUUUCCCUCUGGCUCUGAGGGGGGAAACGAGGUGCUAAGGAGGACGCGAUGAACUGAGAUUUCAAAAUGGUGCUUAUUGUUUGUACUUUUCUCCACUCAUGCUUGUCCCUUCCAGCCCCUCCUUUAUCUCAAUCACACCAGCAAUAAUGACUUUGAGGAGAGAGGAAAAUGAGAGAGAGGCAGCACUUUGGUGCAUUCUUCGCCCCAAUUCCUCAGUUUGUAGAAGAAUCUGAAUGAGUUUGCAGAAUUGAAGUCGCGACGGGUCGAUAGCUCCAAAUCUUGAGGACGCGAUUCUCCGUUCCCUCUGCGUUUGGAGAAACUGCCUCAAGCAAAGGAGUUUAAGUAUCUCGGGCUCUUGUUCACAACUGGAGGUGAGAUGGACGGGUUUGGUGCGAUGUCGGCGUGCUGGACCGGGAGCUGAGCCAGGAGGCAGAGCUCUCGAUUUACCAAUUCAGGGCUUCCCACACAUUAUUUUAUCCGUGGUGGUCCGCCGUGAUUGAAACAUCUGCCGCCACGUGUUGACGUUACAUAUCAGGAGCUGCACCGUUCAUUCGGAGAGUCCUUGGAUUAUGUAUACUGUGCACCACACUAUUGGAGCGCAGAGCGUACUGUGGGCACAGACAGAGCAGCAGAAAAUUAGUCCAAGUGAAACAUAAUAACGUGCAUUAAGUUGCCUCUGCAGCUCCUCUCAUCCAUCACUCUUAUCUGAUCAGCUCUGACCGGAUCGACAGAUCAAUCAUCCACCCAACGGUUAAAACUCCACAAACUGCAGCUGAGGAAAAAUAAACUCGUGAAGAGCUCCGCCUGCGCUGCGGUCACGGACCGGCGAAAACGUCACAGAAUGACAACCAACCAAUUGGAGGCGCUGGAGAGAUUUUAUAUAUCGUUAUAGAUCUCAUUUGGCGUGGGAACGCCCAGGGAUCCCUCAGGAGGAGCUGGGAGGCGUUGCCAGGGAGACGGACGUCCGCAGUACUUUGCUCAGCCUGCAGCUUGG